AUGUCUGCGUCCGAUGAAUUAGCCACCAAACUGAGGCAGCAACUGGCAAAAAGAACGAGCAUUGCUAGACCACAAUGUCCUCCACCACCACCACCGAGGCUUCGAGAAGGACCUCCAAUGCUUGCGCCGAUAUUUAAUAGAGCCGUUUCAAAUCCAGAGCCGAAAAUUCAAAAACCAACCGUCGAUCGUUCUACAAGUGUUAAGGAAUUGGCAAAACGUUUCCAAAGUCAGAAUUCGUGCAAUAGUACGUCAUCGACGGUCCGCAGUUGCGAGGCCACCAAGAACUUCGACAACCACUACGACAGUGCUGCUUCAAGUGGCUACGAUAGCCAUAUCUACGAGGAAAUACCGGAAAGAAUGCCAAACACUAACUUCCAGGAGCAUGACUCUUACUGGAGCGAUUCAACUUUUGAUUCCGACACUGAUACAGAAUAUGAGUCAAUUCCAGAAGAAAGUGAAGUGCCCCGUAAACUAACAAACCAGACUUUAACCAAAUCUUUUUUAAAUGAGGGAAAAAGAUAA